UUUUAUUUUCUCCCAAUUGAAGCAGACACAAAAGCCCUCUUGCUAACUACUCAUAGGCCGUAGCUCCAUGGCUUCAAUUUUCAACAUCCAGAUUUUGAUAUUCUUCUUUCUCCUUAUCAUUUUCUCCAUUCUCCGACCAACCCAACAACAACAACAACACCCUCUAGACCCCUUAACUCCCUCAGAGCUCAACUUAGUCCAAACCAUUCUCACACACGCCUAUCCCACCUCCAACAACAACUUAACCUUCCAAUACGUAGGCCUAGACGACCCAGAUAAACCAACCCUCCUCUCAUGGCUCAGCAGCCACUCCACCACAAAAAUCCCACAACGCAGAGCCUUUAUCAUAGCCCGUAUAAACCAUCAAACACACGAACUUAUCGUAGAUUUGUCCAACCACUCCAUCAUUUCCAACCAAAUUUACAAAGGCCAUGGCUUCCCUUUACUCACUUUCGAUGAACAAAUAGCCGCAAACGCUUUGACCUUAGCCUACGCUCCCUUUGUUGCUUCAGUUAGUAAGAGAGGCUUGAAGAUCAACGAGGUUGUCUGUGGUAGUUUCGCUGUGGGAUGGUACGGUGAGACUAGGAACAAUAAGAGGGUUGUGAAGGUUACGUGUUUUUACUUAGACGGGACUGUUAAUAUGUACAUGAGACCGUUGGAGGGAGUAACGGUGACCGUUGAUCUUGAAGAGAUGAAGAUCAUUGGGUUUUGGGAUAGAUUAACGGUUCCAAUGCCGAAAGCCGAGGGGACAGACUAUAGAGAAUCGGAGCAGAAACCACCAUUUUUGCCGCCGUUGAAGAAGAUCACUGUUGUGCAACCGGACGGACCAAGCUUCAUGAUAGAUGGACACAGAGUUAGGUGGGCGAACUGGGAUUUUCACUUAAGUUUUGACAUGCGAGCAGGUCCAAUAAUUUCUUUGGCAUCAAUUUACGACUUGGAGAAGCAAAUAUUUAGACCUGUGUUGUAUAAAGGGUUUGUGUCAGAGCUCUUCGUUCCAUAUAUGGAUCUAGACGAGGAAUGGUACUAUAGGACAUUUUUUGAUGCUGGUGAAUAUGGGUUCGGUUUGUGUGCAGUGUCACUCGAACCAAUGAGAGAUUGCCCAGAAAAUGCAGUGUUCAUGGAUGCCUACGUUGUUGGCCAAAAUGGGAAACCAGUAAAGAUGUCACAAAUUUUUUGCAUAUUUGAACGACAUGCUGGAGAUAUAAUGUGGCGUCACACAGAGACUGCUAUUCCAAGAACAAUUGUAAGGGAGGCUAGGCCAGAGGUGAGUUUAGUGGUCAGGAUGGUGUCAACUGUGGGCAACUAUGACUACAUAAUAGAUUGGGAAUUCAAGCAAAGUGGCUCAAUUAUUGCUACGGUUGGGCUAACUGGUUUGCUAGAAGUGAGGGGAUCAAAGUACACUCACAAAGACCAAAUAGAGGAGGAAGUCUAUGGUACACUAUUAGCACAAAAUACCAUAGGUGUAAACCAUGAUCACUUCCUAAUUUACCACCUUGAUCUUGAUGUGGAUGGUGAUUCCAAUUCUUUUGUCAAGUCCAAUUUGAAAACAACCCAAGUGCCUGACCACGGCUCACCUAGGAAGAGUUAUUGGAGGGUUGUUAGUGAGACAGCUAAAACUGAAUCAGAUGCAAAAAUAAAACUCGGGUCAAAGGCAACUGAGUUACUAGUUGUGAAUCCGAACAAGAUGACUAAGAUGGGCAAUCAUGUUGGCUAUCGUCUGAUCCCCAAAUCAGGGGCAGGUUCACUUCUAUCAGACGAUGAUUACUCCCAAAUCAGAGCAGCCUUCACUAAGUACAAUGUGUGGGUCACUCCGUAUAACAAGUCAGAAAAAUGGGCUGGGGGACUCUUUGUUGAUCAAAGCCGAGGGGAUGACACUUUAGCCACGUGGAGCCAAAGGAAUAGGGAGAUAGAAAAUAAGGACAUUGUGGUAUGGUACACGUUGGGGUUUCAUCAUGCACCUUACCAAGAAGAUUUUCCAUUGAUGCCUACGCUGAGCAGUAGUUUUGAGCUGAGGCCGGCAAAUUUCUUCGAGAGCAAUCCGGUGCUAAAGGUCAAACCACCUCAAGAUGUCAUGAGGCUUAAUUGCUCCAUUUUGAAAGUGGUCUAAGUCACUGGAUUACGUAGGCUUGAAGUGCACUUAAUAUUAUGCUUCAUUGUUGAAGAACACUUAAAAAAGAAAAAGAAAAGAAAAAGAAGAACCUUAUUAUGAAGCUGCUUGGGAUGGGACCCCUUAUGUCUCAAUUCUAUUUGAAGAAUGCUCAGUAAUGAACCCUUUUGCAGCAAUUAUUGCUUAUCCUUGCAAGGCAAUUGGCAAAUGGCAAUGGAAGGAUCCAAAGGCUGUUCUCUUUUGUCUUCUCUAAUAAAAUUGUUCAUAUAUUUAGCCGCAAACAAAAAUUUUUUGCAUAGAAAAUGGAGUGA